AUGGAGAGGACGUCUUUGGCUGGCCUCACUCUAAGGAUGGCCUGCUCAGAUGCUCUACCUGUGAAGGCUGCCCUGUACAGAAGAAGGAUUUCCCCCGACCCAACUUGCAACUUCUGUGGUCAGGAUGAAGAAUCUAUUACUCAUGCGCUACUCGAUUGUGAAUGGACCAGACCAGUUUGGUUUGCGUCCCAAAUCCAGCUAAAUCCUUCUGCUCUAGGUGCUUCCUCCUCUUUCAAAGGUUGGCUGCUGGGAGAGAUCAAGAUCCUAGAGACAAAUAAAGAUUUUUUCCAGCUUGGAAUGAUGAUACUAGUUCACACUCUCUGGGGAUCAUGGAAAGAGAGAAAUGAUUGUUACUUCCAGAGAAGACAACCUGCUCCAGGAGUUGUGGCCAUGAAGAUUAACUCACACAUCGAGGAGUCAAGCACCAUGGUUUCUUCCACCUCAGGACGUGCACCGGAUCUGAACAGUGCCAUGAAUGGUGGAAGCCAUAGAGACCCGCAGUCAAGAGCAAACGAAAAUCUCUCCCUUACUGGAUACAUAAGGAUAAAUAUGGAUGCUGCUUUUAGCAACUCUUCCUGCAGGGGAACACUAGGAGUCAUUGUCAAUGAUGAGAGUGGAGCCCAAAUCCUGACCCAUGCCAAUAGCUUCUUUGCUAUUUCUCCUCUCGCAGCUGAGGCAAAUGCUUUGAGAGAGGCUUUAGUUCUCGCCUCCAAUCUACAGCUGGGCAAAUGCAUCUUUGCUUCUUACUACAAGGAAUUGAUCUCCUUAGAGCAUCUCCAAUGCAAGGGUUCUUGA